AUGUUGGGAAAAUGGCUACAGGAAUUAGCGGAGUCGGCGCCCGACCUACGCUCUAAGAAGAACAACAGAUGGCACUCGUCACUGGAAGAUAAAUUAGAUGAGCGGAAUUCGAGGAGGUUUGCUGAAGCCCGGGGUUCCCUGACGAGUCCACGAACGGGGAUGCUUGGGGUAUUACUUAAUGAGAAGGCAAAUGUUCCAGACAAAUCGGUGCCUUCAAAGCCAUCAACUGCUAGCAAUCGUCCCGUUAGCUCGCAAUCUAGAGUAAGCGAUGUGUAUCCAUUUAUUGCGGAGGAGACCACAUCAUUAACCAAAAGUCGAACACCCGCCGACAGAAUCACGGAUGAGCGGGGAAAGCGGUUCUCAACGACUAGCUUCCCUCGAGAGCACGGUGAAUCUGGUGGAAUGCUACAGCAAGCACUGGAACAUCUCAGCGAUACAGUCAUCAAUCCUGCACUAAUUUUCCGGGAUUCAGCAUCGCUCGGGGAAUCGGUGACGAAACGAGGUGGAUUGAGAAGUCGAGAUUCUGGUGAUAGAAUUUCGAUCCGCAGUGUAACAUCGAAGGGAUCGGGAACGCGCUCAGCAGAACUGUUGGAGGAGGAAAAUGAAUUUGACGCAAACCCUUCAUCAAAGCUUCUGCAUUGCGCAAUGAAAGGCGAAUGGGCGACGGUGGAACAAAUUUUGCGAGACGAAAAGGAUCUCGAUCUUACACUUUCCGAUUCUGAUGGGCGAACUGUUGCGCACAUUGCUGCAGCAUUCGCAAAUGAGGAAAUGUUGCGGCGCUUAUUGGACCGCAAGAUUGACGUGAAACAAUGCGGCGGAACUCUCAGUCAGACACCUCUUCAUUAUGCAUGCAACCGUGCGUCACAGCGUGGUUCUCGCGUAGUCGAUCUGUUGCUGGAACAGUGGAACGAUGGCCGCUACGCAGAAGACGCGCAAAAAUGCCUUCCAAUCCAUUAUGCGAUACAGUGUGGUAAUAUAACAACUGUAAAACUACUGCUGACCGAUGGCGAGCAACAACAAAUAACACACGUUAGCAACUUGAUCAAAUUUUUCCAAAAUUUUCGAAAUAUACAGUUGCUGACGGGCGUGGUGCAGUGGAAAGUAGAAUUGCUUUUGCCGCGUGAUAGUUCGAAGAUUCCGAUUCAGCUAUGGAGGGCAAGCGAAUUUCUCUACGUUUCGUUCUUUCUUUUUUAUGAGAAAUUGGUAUUGGGACAUGCCAGGGAGUCAAAAUUAUUAUCAGCUUGCUUUUAA